UACCACUACCACUAAAACUAAAACUUAAACUAAACGCCCACGCCCACGCCCACGCCCCUACAAGGCUGCAACACUUUGGGUUUGGCUGCAGCUGAGUGCGAACUGGGUUCUUCUGUCUCACUGCUGCCUACUUCUCUCGUUCUUCCAUCCACAUAGAAACUCAUACAGAUAAAGAUAUUAGAUGCUACAUGGGGCUUUGGCAAUUGUCCUAUUACUCCCCUUGAAUCCCGAUUUAUGAGUUUUCCGAUGGAAAUGAUAUAAGACUGCAGGAGAUCAAAACUCUGUCCAAACUAGUUCAUGUUCAUCCGUGAUAUACGAUGAUGAGAUAUCAGAGAGUAAGUCCAGAUUGUCCUCCUUUGAGCAGUGCCAAAAAGUCGGGUUUGAAACCAACAAUAACAACAACAGCAGCUAUGUGCAAGGAAGAAGGCGGCAGCUGCAGCAACAAUAGUAAUAUUGAGAAUGGAAGAAGCAUUUCGAAAGAUAUUAUCACUGCGUUUGAAGGAGCAAAGGGGGUAAGAUACAGACCCCCAUCUAGAACCCAAGACCACCACCUCCACAAUAGCAAUUUGUCCCAUCCCAGUUCUGGUGUUGGUGCUAAUGGAGUACCCAACUCUCCUCCAAAAGCACAAGCACAAACUGAGAACAACCACCACCAUGAGACGCCAAAGAGAAGCGAGACGACUAGCCCCAACCGUGGCGAUGUGCUAUUGCAGUGGGGUCAAAAGAAAAGGGCAAGAGUCUCAAGAUCCGAGAUCCGACCGCUCGCUGAUGAUUCUUCCUCGUCAACUGUUCCAGGGAGGCAACCCAGUGGCAAUAAGGUUCACAGGAGAGUCUUACAUGCAACAAUGCCUCCUCCGCCACCUGCACCUCCCUCUAACAGCGCCAGAUGUUCUAUCUUAGAAAUGGUUUGUUUCUAUCUUAUACAUACUCCCUUUAUUGCUCAAGAUUUUGUAUUCAUCUUGAAUCUAGAUGAGCGAUCAGCCGCUGCAAGUGGAUCACCAUCAAGAAACAGUGGUGGCACUAGCCGAGCUGCUUCUAGAUCUAUGGCAGGGAAAAAAUCUCCUCCUCUAGAGACCAUUGAUAGAAAGAAGUUGUGUGCUGGGUCAGUCAAAGAUGAGAAACAAAAUGGAUCAGCAGUGCAAACUGACCUCAUGAAUCAGACUGAUUAUGCUCUGGUUCAAUCAGAACAGGCAGGUGGAGCUGCUAAUAGCACUGCUUCAGCAGCUGGAGUGGGAGAGAAGGUGAAUGUUGAAGUGAUUGAAUGGCCCAGGAUUUACAUUUCCUUGUCAAGAAAGGAGAAGGAGGAUGAUUUUUUAGCCAUGAAAGGAACAAAGCUGCCUCAGAGACCCAAGAAAAGGGCCAAGAACAUAGAUAGAACGCUCCAGUAUUGUUUUCCAGGUAUGUGGCUAUCCGAUUUGACUAAGAGCCGAUAUGAGGUCCGAGAAAAGAAAUCUGUGAAGAAGCAAAAGCGAAAGGGAUUAAAAGGAAUGGAAAGCGUGGAGAGUGAUUCGGAGUAAGAUGACAAGAGAGGGAGGGUACCUACCUGUGAUGUGAAUACAGAAGAAAUGAAUUUAUGAUUGGCGGAUGAUUUGUAAUUGGAGCUUAUGACAUUGACGCGAGGAGCAGUGUUCUUACGUUUUUUGUUUGCACGAGCUAGCUCAUUUUUUGUUAUGCCCAAAUUGUUUUGGGGCGUUUAUAUUCUUUGCAUUUCUCUUGUAUAGAGCCAAGCCUUCUCUGCUAUUUCUUUCACUUUGUGUUUCCAUUUUUAUGCAGAACUUUGUUUCGCAAAAUUCUAAUACAGAAAGAAAGAAAAUCGCAAUAAUGCUCUCUGCUAAAA